CACACACACACACACACACUCCUUGCUCCGCCUCAUUUUAAAGAUGUGUAACUUUUCACCAAUGAUUCACUCUCUUGAAGUCGACCUUCCUUCGUGACCGUAAACAAAAAAAACUGACCUCAGAUCAGCUUCAGCUUUGAGCCUGCCAGCUGAGUCUCCUCAGUGUCCUGAACACAGCACACUGAUCAACUCAUCGCCUGCACGCAGGUCUGUCAAACACCGAUGCUGGAUCAGCAGGAGUGGAAUGGAUAAUGGCCAUGGCACACUGUAAUCUGCGGUCCCCAUCCUCCUCUCCUCGUGAUGAUGUCAACCUGGGACCUUCAGCAAACCCAAAUGCCAGGCCAACUGACUUUGACUUCUUGGCUGUCAUUGGCAAGGGGACCUUUGGAAAGGUCCUGCUUGCCAAGCUCAAAGCCGACAACAAAUUCUACGCCGUCAAAGUGCUGCAGAAGAAAGUCAUCCUGAAGAACAAAGAGCAAAAGAACAUUAUGGCAGAAAGAAAUGUGCUGCUGAAGAGUCUCAAGCAUCCCUUUCUGGUUCGGCUCCACUACUCCUUCCAGACCCCGGAGAAGCUCUACUUCGUCCUCGACUAUGUGAAUGGGGGAGAGCUGUUCUUCCACCUGCAAAGAGAGAGGUGUUUCUCCGAGCCCAGAGCGAGGUUCUACUCAGCUGAGGUAGCGAGUGCCAUCGGCUAUCUUCAUUCUCUCAACAUCGUUUACAGAGAUCUGAAGCCAGAGAAUAUUCUCUUAGACUCUCAGGGCCAUGUGGUGCUGACAGAUUUUGGGCUGUGCAAAGAAGGUGUAGAGCCGGAGGGAACCACCUCGACUUUCUGUGGGACUCCAGAAUACUUGGCUCCAGAGGUUCUUCGUAAGGAAGCCUAUGACAGGACAGUGGACUGGUGGUGUCUGGGAGCAGUGACCUAUGAGAUGAUCUACAGUCUGCCUCCUUUCUACAGCCGUGAUGUCGGUGAAAUGUAUGAUGGGAUCCUCCACAAGCCCCUGCCACUGCCCCCAGGAAAGUCUGAUGCCGUCUGCUCUCUGCUGGUGGGUCUUCUGCAGAAGGACCAGCACAGACGUCUUGGGGCCAUCGCCGACUUUUUAGAAAUAAAGAACCACAUCUUUUUCUCUCCAAUCAACUGGGACGACCUUGACCACAAGAGAAUCACUCCUCCUUACAACCCGAAUGUGAGAGGCCCAGCUGACACUCAGCAUAUUGAUCCAGAGUUCACCAGAGAAAUGGUUCCUAACUCGGUGAGUCGGACCCCGGAGCUGAACACCAGCAGCAGCUCCAACAACGCCUUCAAUGGGUUCUCCUUCGUUGCCACCGAGGACAGCUUUCUGUGAGGCAGGAGUUAACUGUUCAAAUGUUUAAACAGGGUGAUUGAUUUUAUGGCGUGAUGACACCUUUUUGAAUCUCAUGAAAAUAAGUGCUCCUCAUGUAACAUUGCAGAAAUUCCAUGUGGUACCUAUCCUGUUUGACUACUGCAGGGAUUCCCUCUUGAGGGUGUAGCAGAGAAAGAGCCCACCUGCAAUGGAGACAUUUAAUGUUAACAUAUAAAACAUUUUUUUUGCCUGGAAGUCCCAGGUCUGUUCUUAGAGAGAUAGCGAAGUUUAACAUGAACGUGUUACCAAAUAUACAGGACUUGCAAGAAGUAGGAGCAUCUUUAAGAUGCAGUGCAAAUUAUUUUUAUUCCAUUCAUUUGCAAUGGAACUAAUAGUGUGUUUAACAAUUAUUUUAUACACAGACAUUAUCAUAUCAUGUUGGUCCAGCCAGACUUAGGGCUCUAUUUUCCUAAAAUAGGGUGCAGAUGCAAACACAAGCAAAAUCUCCAGGCGCAAACAAAAAUGGGCUUGACCAGAAAAUCUUUUGCAAUUUUGGUGACCACAGGCAUUGGUGCAAACCAGGUGUAACCAGACAGCUGAUGUGUAAUGGUGCAGCUGAUGGAAUAUCAAUGCGGCUGGUUCAAGUUGUGCAAACAAUUAAUACAGGCUUAUAAAUAAAAUAUUUACACUCUGCUCCUCUGCAUGUUCCAACCGCCUCAUUUAUGUAUUUUCAGUCAAAUAAAGUCUUUAAACAGGAAAAUAACAUAAUAAAAAGGAAAAUAUGAAUAAUGAAUGAAGUCAUUCCUGUGUAAACACACAGCCCCUCUCCCAAAUCAGAGACUGUAGAUGAAACACACAUAUCAUUCCUGCUGCUGUGUGCUGAUUACUGAAGUGUUUAAUCAACUACAUGGCUUCCAUUCUACUUUAGGAGACUGGGAACCACAAGUAACUCUGCAUUCUGGGAGCGCAGUGCAGAGGGGCAAUAGGGUAAUAUGAGCUCUUUGGGCUAUAACAGUGCCUGACUAUUAAGAGCUUUGUAGGUCAGGUGAAGGAUUUUAUAUUCAAUUCUGGAUUUUACAGGGAGCCAGUGCAGAGAAGCUCUUACUGGAGAAAUAUGAUCUCUUUUUCUAGUUCUUGUCAGUACACGCGCUGCAGCAUUCUGGAUCAGCUUGAGGACUUAUUUAAGCAACCUAAUAAUAAGGAAUUACAACAGUCCAGCCUAGUUUUUGAAAUAUUAAGCAGGUAAAAAAGGCACUCCUCGAAAGUUUGUUUUAUGUGGGCAUUAAAUAAUAUAUGCUCCAAGCAAGAGAGAGCAGAAGAGAGAGAGAGAGAGAAGCCAUCACUAAAUACUAAGCUAAAGUAGCUAACAGAACUAAUAGUCAAUAAUUACACCUGGUCUGAAACAGAAUCUCUCAGUCCUUACAAUAGUGGUCUUGUUUGUUUAUGGCAACUAUGUCAACGUGGCAAAAUUAAUUUGCAGAUAAUGCACCGACGAUGGAAAAUCCUUCAUGUAGCACCUUUUUAAAAUGUCAGUCAACUACACCGCAGUGUGCACAGUAUGGUUUAUUCUAUGGACUGUGGUUUUCUGUUUUGUAACUGGGAAACUGGGAAAAUAUUAUUUUAGCCUAUAGAUAGUGGACGGUGAUAUAAGUUGUGUUUUGUUUCAUAAUACAUGUCAAUGUUAUAUUGAAAAUACUGUAUGUAACAUAUGUAAAUAUACAGUAGCAGCUUUGCAAUAUAUACUGUAGUAAUGUGAUUAUAUCAAUGUAAACCAUAAAAUGCCUCUCUGCCUUGGAAAUGAAGUUGGUGAUUGAUGGUGCUUGGCAUUUGCAGUAAUGAGUGAUACACUUGUACAUCUGAUAUCCUUGCAUUUUAUUUUUAUUAUCUCAUUUAUAUACUUAAAGUCUUGUUUGUAUAUCUGAUAUUAAAGAUGCUCUUCUCUACCAA